AAGUCAGCGGCCGCCGCAAGUACAAAAAAAGUCGUAGAACAUCCGUCUUACAACGAAAUGGUUCGCCAGGCUCUCGUCGCUCUCAAAGAACGCGGCGGAUCGUCCAGGCAGGCCAUACUCAAGUACCUCAUGGCAAACUUCAAGGUCGGAAGCGACGAACACUCCGUCAACACCCACCUCAAAGUAGCCCUGAGGAAUGGCGUCAAGUCGGAAACGCUAAAGCAGUCGAAAGGAUCUGGAGCCUCAGGCAGUUUCCGCCUCGGUGCCGCCAAAGAUACCAACAAAAAUGUCGCCAAGCCGAAAAAAGACGCUGUCGCCAUAAAAACCAAAGCGGCUGCCUCGCCA